GGAUUUCCCUCUCACCCUUAUUGCCUCUCUCUCUCUCUGUCUUUCCUGUUCUAUGCAGGCCUGUUCUCUGCUUGCACUGCAUUGUGGGAGUGUUUGCUCUGCUCUCUCUCUCUCUCUCUCUCUCUCAGAAUGAGAUCCCUGGCCCUCGGCCUCUUCUGCCUGUCGUGCUGUAACGCGGUCCGAUUGGACAGACGGCGUCCCGGACCCAUCGCGGCCAGAGGUCCCAAUGACACCGCUAUCCAAACCCAACCAUUAGAGAACUCCUGCAAAGCAAUGCCGCUGGAUUUCGUCUUUGUCAUCGACAGCUCCCGAAGCAUCCGCCCCGACGACUACGAGAAGGUCAAGGCCUUCGUCGUCAACUUGCUUCAGUUCCUCAAGGUGGGCCCGGACGCCACUCGUGUCGGCCUGCUGCAGUACGGCAGCGUGGUCCGGCCCGAGUUCUCCCUCGACGCCUACACCACCGCGGCCCAGGUGGAGCAGGCGGUGAGGGGCAUGGAGCACCUCGCCACGGGGACGAUGACCGGCCUGGCCAUCCAGUACGCCACGGAGACGGCCUUCACCGAGGAGGAGGGCGCGCGGCCGGCGGAGCUGCUCAUCCCGCGCAUCGCCAUGGUCGUGACCGACGGGCGGCCUCAGGACGCGGUGGAGGAGGUCGCGGCUCAGGCGAGGCGGGCCGGCAUCCAGAUCUUUGCCGUCGGAGUGGGCCGGGUGGACAUGGACACGCUGAAGGCCAUCGGGAGCGAGCCGCACUCUGAGCACGUGCACCUGGUGGCCAACUUCAGCCAGAUGGAAACCCUCAUCUCCGUGUUCCAGUCCAAACUGUGCGGAGGGUCCGAGAUGUGUGAGGUGGUGGACCACCAGUGCCAGCACGACUGUGUGAGCAGCCCCGCCUCGUACAGGUGCAAGUGCAGGAAGGGCUUCACCCUCAACCCCGACGGCAAGACAUGCACAGCCGAGGACAGAUGUGCGGUGGCGGACCACGGCUGUGGACACAUCUGUGCCAACCUACCAGGUGGCUACGAGUGCCGCUGCCGCCCUGGAUAUCAACUCAACGUAGACCUGAAGACAUGCAACAAGGUGGAUCCCUGUGCUGAUGGCGCCCACGGCUGUGACCAGGAGUUCACCCGGACAGAGGACGCCUGUGUGUGUAAAUGCAGGACAGGCUACACACUCAGAGCUGACGGGAAAACCUGCGAGAAGACGGACCACUGCGCGGACGGGAGACACGGCUGCGAACAGACGUUCAUGAGCGGCGACGAUGCGUGCGUGUGCGGAUGCAGAGACGGAUUCGACCUCCAACCCGAUGGGAAAACAUGUCAAAAGCCGGAGUGUGGCGACGGGGUCAUGGAUCUGGUCUUCGUCAUCGACGGCUCUAAGAGUGUGGGCCCCGCCAACUUCGAGCUGGUCAAGCAGUUCGUGAGCGGCAUCGUGGCCUCGCUGGACGUUUCCCUGACGGGCGCUCACGUGGGCCUUCUGCAGUACUCCACCAAGGUGCGCACCGAGUUCACCCUGGGCCAGUUCAGCGUGGCGCACAGCGUCCAGCAGGCCGUGGCCCGGAUGCAGUACAUGGGGAGAGGCUCCAUGACGGGCUCCGCCUUGCGCCACAUGUUCGAGCGCAGCUUCUCGGCCAAAGAGGGAGCCCGGCCGGGCGUGGCCCGUGUCGGGGUCGUGUUCACCGACGGGAGGUCGCAGGACGACGUGUCCGAGUGGGCCGAUAAAGCGAAGGACUCCGGGGUCACGUUGUACGCCCUGGGUGUUGGCAAGGCCAUCGAACAGGAGCUGAGAGAAACAUGGAGCCACCGAACAGAGGUCACAGAGAAGCUGAAGAUGCUGGCGCAGAGUAAUAUCCUUUUCCAGAAUACCUGA